AUGCGUCGAGCUAUUCUGUUCGGUCUUUUCGCAUUUUUAGCCGAGUUCAGUGAUGUUACCCUCGCUCGUCGACACCCAUCCUACGGGACCAGCAUAACGAACGCGAAAUCGAACGGGACACGUGCAGACAAUCACAAGAAUGGGAAGGGUAAGGGCAACGGGAAUGGCGGUAAAACCCAUUCAGCGAGUGCCGUAAGUGCAACAAGUGUGGCGAAUAUUGGGAGCAUAGCGACUAUAGCAAUUGCACCAAGCAUCGCGAGCGUAGCAUCUUCCGCGAGUGCUGUGAGCGCCGCAAAUUUAGCGAGUGCAGCGACCAGUCAAACUGUCGGGAUUAUCGUGCCUUUAAAUCCGGCAACAGCAUCAACCUCGACCUCAACAACCGCAGUACAAAGUACGGCUGUUUCAUCGCAAGCCGUGCAGCAAGCCUCUUCUGUGGCAGUGACAAGCACUGCUGCAGCUGUCCAGGCGUCUCAAACCAUUUUCGUGACGGCCGGUAACGGGGGUGCCACAAUUACCGAAGGAGGAGAGACAAUAAUCAUCUCGCAAAUAGGAGGUCAAGGGACAAAAACUACAACCACUACAGCAGAGCCCUCAGCUACCGUGUCUGUCGUUAUCGUGUCGUCUCCAAGCACUGUGAUUGUCACGGCGGGCUCAACCACGAGCGCACCGGCCGUUACGUCCACAUCAAUCUCGGCGCCUGCAAUAAGUAUUCCAGGAAUUGGUACGAAUUCGGUUGUGACCCCGCUGGCCGGAGAAACAAAUGCAACCGUUACGGCUGCUACAGGUGUGCAGGCCACAUCAUUCGUCACUUCUGCCAUUGCAAGUGCUGUAACCAGCGCUGCGGCUGCUGUAGCAGCCAAUAAUCAAGAUACCUGUCAAUGUGCCUGUGCAUGCCCAGCGAACUUGAUUUUGCAGGCAGCGACGGCUCCCAUCCAAGCAUCACCUAGUCCAGUAUCGUUGGUGUCAACUUCAUCAUCGUCAUCAGCGCCUUCCGCCUCCACUCAGAGCUCAACGACUACAAGACCAGCAACGGCUAUUGACAGUCAGGCGGGUGCAUCCUCACCAACGAUAGCAACCGCAAUUACAUCGAUUCCAGCAUUGGCUACGUCAAUAGUCUCUUCAGCUACCAGUGUGCCCUUGACGUUCGGAACGUCAGUUGUUCAACCGGCAUCGCCUGCUUCUGUAACCACAACAUUCCCUAGCACCACAUCGACCACAACUUCAAUCACCGUGUCAACAACCACAGCACCGACUGAAGCUGCCAAUGUGAACAUCAAUACUGUUGCGCUUUAUUCCGCGUUGACGAUCAAGAUCGGUGGAUAG